AUGGGGAAAACUCGAUCUUUGCUCAGUGUAUUUGAAGAAGAUGCAGGAACCCUUACUGAAUAUACAAACCAGUUGCUUCAGGCGAUGCAAAGAGUCUAUGGCGCUCAGAAUGAAAUGUGUCUUGCCACACAACAGCUUUCGAAGCAGCUCCUUGCCUAUGAAAAGCAGCAUUUUGCCUUAGGUAAAGGAGAUGAAGAAGUGAUAUCUACCCUUCAUUACUUUUCGAAAGUUGUGGAUGAGCUCAAUAUUCUUCAUUCUGAGCUGGCAAAACAGCUUGCAGAUACAAUGGUUCUACCAAUAAUACAAUUUCGGGAAAAGGAUCUCACAGAAGUAAGCACAUUGAAGGAUCUUUUUGGCCUUGCUAGCAAUGAACAUGACGUGUCCAUAGCAAAGUAUAGCAGGUUACCGAAAAGGAAAGAAAAUGAAAAGCUUAAGGCAGAAGUGGCAAAAGAAGUGGCAAAUGCAAGAAGAAAGCAGCACCUUUCGUCUCUGCAAUAUUACUGUGCUCUGAAUGCUCUGCAGUACAGGAAGAGAGUGGCAAUGAUGGAACCUAUGCUAGGAUAUACACGAGGACAGAUCAACUUUUUUAAGAAAGGAGCGGAGAUGUUUUCCAAAAGAAUGGACAGCUUUUUGUCAUCUGUUUCAGACAUGGUUCAAAGCAUACAGGGAGAACUGGAUGCUGAAGCUGAAAAAAUGAGGGUAUCCCAGCAGGACUUAAUUGCAGUCAAUGAAUCCGUUUACACCCCAGAUUCUGAUGUAACUUCACCUGCUAUCAAUAGAAAUCUCAUCCAGAAGGCUGGCUACCUUAAUCUUAGAAAUAAAACAGGUCUGGUGACUACAACUUGGGAAAGACUCUAUUUCUUCACUCAAGGUGGCAACUUGAUGUGUCAGCCAAGGGGAGCAGUAGCUGGAGGAUUGAUUCAGGACCUGGACAAUUGUUCUGUUAUGGCUGUAGACUGCGAAGACAGAAGAUACUGCUUUCAGAUCACUACUCCUACAGGCAAAGCGGGUAUAACCCUUCAAGCAGAAAGCAAGAAAGAAUAUGAGGAGUGGAUAUGCGCCAUCAACAACAUCUCCAGACAGAUCUAUCUCACUGACAAUCCAGAGGCAGCUGCAAUCAAGUUAAAUCAGACAGCCCUACAAGCAGUGACCCCUAUUACCAGCUUUGGGAAGAAACACGAAGUUCACCACCCCAGCCAGAAUGUAAAGAAUAUGGAAAAUGAUAAAAUAAUUCCAAAUGAAUCAGCUGGCAUUCAAGACUCCACACAACUCAUUGCUCCUGGAACACCAAUUCAAUUUGAUAUUGUACUGCCUGCAACAGAAUUCCUGGACCAGAACAGAGGUGGCAGGCGUGCAAAUCCAUUUGGGGAAUCUGAAGACAGCAGCAAAGAUGAGGA